AUGGCCUCUCCAAAACCACAUUUUUCAUCUCUUCCUCUUCCUCUGGUUCUUAUCCUCUGUUUCUCAACCUUCCAGUAUUCCAACGCCAUCGGCAAAGGCUACCGUUUGAUCUCUAUGGACAAAUCCGACGAUGGCAGUUUCAUUGGCUUUCUCCAAGUCAAGCAGACAAAUCAAAUCUACGGCUCUGAUAUCAUCUUCCUCCGUCUCUUCGUCAAGCACGAGACUGAUGAUCGCCUUCGUGUUCACAUAACAGACGCCAAGAUUCAGCGAUGGGAGGUUCCGUACAAUCUUCUCCCGAGGGAACCACCGCCGCCGCCGGUCGGGGAAGUGAUCGGAAAAUCUCCGGUUACCGUCCAGGAGAUAACCGGAUCGGAGUUGAUAUUGAGCUACACAGUCGACCCUUUCAGCUUCGCCGUGAGACGGAGAUCCAACGGCGUAACGAUUUUCAACACCAGCAGCUCCGAUGAGGUCUUCGGGGAGUUGGUGUUCAAGGACCAGUACCUUGAGAUUUCAACUUCGCUACCCAAAGACGCGUCGCUGUACGGAUUAGGAGAAAGCUCACAAGCCAACGGAAUCAAGCUUGUUCCUAAUGAGUCUUACACUCUCUUCACGAAGGACGUCUCGGCGAUUCACCUCAACACCGAUCUGUACGGGUCGCAUCCGGUUUACAUGGAUCUGAGAAACCUCGGAGGUAAACCCUAUGCGCACUCCGUUCUCCUUCUCAACAGUAAUGGUAUGGAUGUGUUUUACAGAGGUACUUCGUUAACGUACAAAGUCAUCGGAGGCGUUUUCGAUUUCUACUUUUUCCCCGGACCGUCGCCUCUCGACGUCGUCGAUCAAUACACGUCGUUAAUCGGACGGCCUGCGCCAAUGCCGUACUGGGCUUUAGGGUUUCACCAAUGUAGAUGGGGAUACCGUAAUGUAUCAAUUGUUGAAGAUGUUGUGGACAAUUACCAAAAGGCUAAGAUCCCUCUUGAUGUGAUCUGGAACGAUGCUGAUUACAUGGAUGGUUACAAGGACUUCACCUUGAAUCCUGUCAACUUUCCUCGGGAUAAACUAUUGGGGUUCUUGGAGAGAAUCCACAAGAUGGGAAUGAAGUAUAUUGUGAUUAAUGAUCCUGGUAUUGGUGUCAACGCGAGCUACGGUGUAUACCAGAGAGCCAUGGCUAAUGAUGUGUUCAUUAAAUAUGAAGGGAAGCCUUUCUUGGCUCAAGUCUGGCCUGGUCCGGUUUACUUCCCUGAUUUCCUCAAUCCAAAUACGGUUUCUUGGUGGGCCGAUGAAAUCCGACGUUUCCAUGAAUUAGUCCCCAUUGAUGGUCUUUGGAUCGAUAUGAACGAAGUCUCCAACUUCUGCUCUGGGUUGUGUACAAUUCCAGAGGGGAAACAGUGUAUGAGUGGGGAAGGACCUGGUGUGACGUGUUGCUUGGACUGCAAAAAUAUAACCAAGACGAGAUGGGACGAUCCUCCUUACAAGAUCAAUGCUACUGGAGUCAAAGCUCCUCUUGGUUUUAAGACAAUAGCCACAAGUGCUUAUCACUAUAACGGUGCUCGAGAGUACGACGCUCACAGCAUCUACGGGUUCUCUGAGGCCAUAGCGACCCACAAAGCCUUACUUGCUGUUAAAGACAAACGUCCGUUUAUAUUGUCCCGGUCCACUUUUAUUGGUUCAGGUCAAUAUGCUGCUCAUUGGACUGGAGAUAACCAGGGAACAUGGCAGAGCUUGCAAGUGUCUAUCUCGACCAUGUUGAAUUUUGGAAUAUUUGGAGUUCCCAUGGUUGGUUCAGACAUAUGUGGAUUCUUUCCUCCAACACCAGAAGAACUCUGCAAUCGUUGGAUUGAAGUGGGCGCGUUUUACCCUUUUUCAAGAGAUCAUGCUGAUUACUACGCCCCAAGAAAAGAACUUUACCAAUGGGGAACAGUUGCAGAGUCAGCUCGUAACGCGCUUGGGAUGAGAUACAAACUCCUUCCUUUUCUAUACACUCUCAACUAUGAAGCCCAUAUGACCGGCGCACCUAUGGCUAGACCGCUCUUCUUCUCUUUCCCAGAGUACACCGAAUGUUACGGUCUGAGCAGACAGUUCUUGCUCGGAAGCAGCUUGAUGAUAUCUCCGGUUCUAGAACAAGGCAAAACCCAAGUGGAAGCAUUGUUUCCACCAGGUUCUUGGUACCACAUGUUCGACAUGACUCAGGCCGUUGUCUCCAAGAACGGGAAACGCGUGACUCUUCCAGCUCCGUUGAACACCGUGAACGUGCAUCUUUACCAGAACAUGAUAAUACCAAUGCAACAAGGCGGGUUGAUUUCCAAAGAGGCGAGAACGACGCCCUUUAGCCUCGUCGUCACUUUCCCAGCCGGAGUUUCAGAAGGAUACGCCACCGGAAAACUCUUUCUGGACGAGGAUGAGCUUCCGGAGAUGAAACUAGGGAAUGGGCAGUCAACGUACGUUGACUUGUACGCGUCUGUUGGAAAUGGGAGUGUGAAGCUGUGGUCUCAAGUGAAGGAAGGUAAGUUUGCAUUGAGCAAAGGUUGGGUGAUUGAGAAAGUGACUGUUUUGGGACUUCAAGGAACAGUGCAAGCUUCUGAAUUACAUCUCAAUGAAAACCCAAUCUGGAACGAGGCCGAGAAGAUUGAGGUCAGCUCCAAGGAGCAGAAGUAUGUGGUGUGUUUGGAAGAUGGAGGAGAGAAUAAGAGCUUUAUGGUUGAGGUCAAGGGCCUUGAAUUGCUAGUGGGUAAGAACUUCACCGUAUCAUGGAAAAUGGCUAGUAUUAUCAAUGGCAACCAUUAA